AUGGAGGCUUUUGGAAACACUGAAAACAAGCUACCUGGUGAGGUUGUGAAUGGCUACAAAAUACAAACAAGUCUGGGGGAAGGUGCAUUUGGUAAUGUAUAUAAAGUAGUGAAAGAAGAAAAGACAUUUGCCUUAAAGAGAAUUGAAAAGAGAGCCCAAGAACUUCCUUCUGUUUUGAAUGAGAUCCAUUCUCUCCAAAAUGCUGCACAUGCGAAUGUUGUGGAGUACAUCAACAGCUUUGCUGAUGGCUCUGCUUAUUACAUUGUCUUAGAAUACUGCGACCAUGGUUCAUUAGACAAAUACUUACAAAAACAAAAGCGCCUGGGUAAAGAGAAGCGUAUGGGAUUCAUUCAAGACAAAGCGAAUGGAAUAUCACAUCUUCAUUAUCUGGGGAUCAUGCAUCGAGAUCUGAAGCCAGCCAACAUUUUGAUCAACAGCCAAUGUGUUGCUAAGAUUGCUGAUUUUGGAUUGGCUAAGAUUUUUAAUUCAGAGGCUACUGUGGAGAAAUUGUACACGAAUACACUGGUUGGCACGUAUGCCUACAUGGCUCCAGAGGUACUAAAAUUAUUUAGUAAGGGUGCUAAGCCUAUGCCUAAAGACCAUUACAAUUUCCAAGCGGAUAUUUUCAGUAUAGGACUGAUAUUUUGCAGUAUUUUAGACGACGACUUAAAAAUACAUAUCGAGACUAAUUUGAUUGGAGAAAAGUCGAACACAGAAGACGGGUAUACGUUCAAGUUACCAUCCAAGAUUCCAGAGUCCAUGAAAAAGCUUAUCAACAGAAUGCUUGAGAAAGAUUACCACAAAAGACCAACGGCAAGAGAGGUCAAAGAAGAGUUAAGUAGCAUGUUCCAAUAUCAGGAAGAGUUUGCUACCCCAAUGUGA